AUGUCGCUGAUCAAGCCUUCCUUGCAAGACAGCGGUGCGCUGCUGGCGUCCCCGGUAAGCCCAGAUGUGUCGGCUGUGCAGGGCAUCUACAACGUGCUCGUGGCUAACAUCAACCUCCGGAAGACCAUGACACAGCUCCAGGAGGUUGCGAACUUUGGCAGUGAGGCCGAAGCCAUGCAAAGCCUGCGCAGUCAGAUGAAGGAUGCCAACAAGACGAUGCUAUCGCAAGAGCAGGCCAUGGCAGACUUGCUUGGCGAGAUCACCGCCAUGGCCAGUUCCUGGAGUUCGUUGGCAAUGUCGGUGUCGUUGGCCCAGGUUCCAGCAGAGGAAAUAUGCGAAGUUCUGGGUUUGUCCAGAGUGCUGCUGAAGCUCAAGGCAGUGAAGGAGGUUGAGGACUGCAACGUGGAUGCCUUGGCCGAAGCACUUGACGAAAAUCUCAAGAACUUCAGCAACCAAUGCGGAGUCGAAGAGGAGCAGGCAACCUUCGAGCGUCUCCGUGAUGAGCUCGAACAGGCAAAGAAAGACCUCAGCCAGCUGGAUGAGGACUUGAUUGAACAAGAGCUCAAGUUGGAUGAGCUUCUGGCUGACAACCACUUCAUCAUGCGUCAGGUGCGGUUCUUGGCUGAGAUGGAAAAGGUGGCUGGAAUCCAGUCAGACACAAUGAAGGCCUUGAAGGAAGCACACCAGGCGCAUGAGAUGACAAAAGUUGCAUCCUUUGGCCUGGAUAUGCUGGGAGACAUCUUUCUCGCGGGUCUCGGCCAAUUUGUCAACCGAAGGCGAAAGAAAGAGCAGAUCGCCAAGGGGGAGUACGAGGAGUUCAAGAGCAACUUUGACGACAAAUAUGGUGAGGUGGACUCUGAGGAAUUCGCCAAAAAGAAGUCGCAGCUCGAGGUGGACAUGGAUAAGAAGAAGGCCCUCAUCAAAGCUGCGGAGGCGUCCAAAAAGCACCUAAUGGAGGCAAGGGACGAGAAACACAAAUACAUCGAGGCAAAGAGGGAGGAAGUCGUUGCAGCAAGGACAAGUGUCAUGAAGAAGCUGGAAAGCAUCGAUAGUGUCAGUGUCGAGCAGUACAAGAAGGUGUGCGCUGCCAGCAUGCAGUUUGGCCAACAGAGAUCCCGCCGCGGUGCCUUCCAGAUGUUUGCCAGUCAGGCGAUUAAGUCAAUUGAGGCCUACCAUCAUUUCAUUGGCAACCUUGCGGUUGCUGACUGGGAUGCGCAAAAGACCACCAUGACGAAGAUCGUGUCCAGUGAGUGCGGAUGGGGUGUGCUUGCUCCGGCACUGGGUUACGUGCAAAAAGUUUGCACCCCGUUGGGUCUUCUCAUGACUGGCGACCCGGCAAGCAAGGAGGACAUACCGAAGUUGGCAUCGUUGGUCUCACCUGCGACCAAGCUCAUCAAUGCUCUCAACGACGGCAAUCGAAGUCAGCUGCCCAAGCUGGCAGACCGAGGGUCAAGCCAUACUCAGAGUCCGCCUGCGCUGAAGGACCAAGCGAGCUCCACGCCUGAUGCCAAGGCUCCGCCCUCUCAGCCUUCGGCUGCCACUCACACGGCCAAAGGCCCAAUGCCUGCAGAGGCAGAUGACGACCUUAUGGACUUGCUGUGA